AACAGCGUAAACUUCAUCCUGUCUAUAUAUAUAUAUAUAUAAAUACUCCAUUUGUUUCUGCAAAACCACAAAACAAAUUCUCAGCUGUCUUUCCAGACAAUGGAGUUGUUAUGGAUAAGUUUCAUGAGAGCUCAAGUGAUAAAGAUGCUGCACCUUCUUGUAGUGGUGGCAUUACUAAGCCCAGUUGGAGGUGAAAGCAGAAAAGUUAGGAUAUUAGACUCGUUUGAGUACAGUGCCAUAAGUUGCAGAGCACACAGUGGAUCAAUAACUGAAUUUGGAGGAGUUGGUGAUGGCAAAACAUCGAAUACUAAGGCAUUUCACGAUGCAAUUAAUCAACUAAGUCGGUAUGCAUCAGAUGGUGGAGCUCAGCUAUAUGUCCCCGCUGGAAAAUGGUUGACCGGCAGCUUUAAUGUUAUCAGUCACUUCACUCUCUAUCUUCACAAGGAUGCUGUUAUUCUUGCCUCUCAGGACAUGACUGAAUGGCCUGCGCUCAAACCUCUGCCAUCGUACGGUCGAGGAAGGGAUGCACCUGCGGGAAGGUUUACGAGUCUCAUAUUUGGAACAAAUCUUACUGACGUUAUUAUCACAGGGGACAAUGGCACAAUCGACGGCCAGGGUGCAUUCUGGUGGCAACAAUUCCACAAGAAAAAGCUAAAAUACACACGACCUUACCUAAUUGAACUCAUGUUCUCAGAUAAUAUACAAAUUUCAAAUCUGACGCUCCUAAAUUCCCCAUCAUGGAAUGUUCAUCCUGUUUACAGCAGUACUAUUCUUAUCCAAGGCAUCACCAUCAUUGCUCCAUUAACAUCUCCAAACACAGAUGGCAUCAACCCAGAUUCUUGUACCAAUACAAGAAUUGAGGAUUGCUACAUUGUAUCUGGAGAUGACUGUGUAGCAGUAAAGAGUGGUUGGGAUGAGUAUGGGAUUCAAUUUGGGAUGCCCACAAAACAAUUGAUCAUCAGAAGGCUCACAUGCAUUUCACCAUACAGUGCGACCAUAGCAUUAGGAAGUGAGAUGUCAGGUGGAAUACAAGAUGUGAGAGCAGAAGACAUUACAGCCAUCCAUACAGAAUCGGGGGUAAGGAUCAAGACUGCUAGAGGGAGAGGAGGAUACGUGAAAGAUAUAUAUGUUAAAGGAAUGAAAUUGCACACUAUGAAAUGGGUCUUUUGGAUGACUGGCAAUUAUGGGUCACAUGCUGAUAAUCACUAUGAUCCAAACGCCUUACCUGUGAUUCAAGGGAUUAAUUACAGGGAUAUUGUAGCAGAAAAUGUGUCCAUGGCCGCUAGAUUGGAGGGGAUUUCAGGAGACCCAUUUACAGGUAUAUGCAUUUCUAAUACAACAAUUGGAAUGGCAGCCAAAGCCAAGAAGGUGCCAUGGACUUGCGCUGAUAUUGCAGGGAUCACUAGUGGUGUUACUCCUCGACCUUGUGACCUGUUACCUGAUCAAGGACCACAGAAAAUUACGGCCUGUAACUUUCCCACCAAAAAACUGCCUAUAGAUUUGGUGGAGUUCAAAAAAUGUACUUACCAAAUGAAUUAUAUGUAAAUUUUCUUUCUUAGUA